GCACACCCUGAACUGAACACAACGAGGCUUAGCUAGCGUGUAAACAGGUGAAGUUAGCACGGUGACUCUGCUAGCUCGGCUCGGCUCGGCUCGGCUAGCUGUAGCCACCAACCGUUAACGUCCGUUUAAAGUGCGCGAGCGUUCCAAAUUAAUGACGUCAUCUAAUUAUAACAUCACCAUGGACUCCAGCUUAGCGUGGAAGCUAACGUUUCCUAGCAACGGAAGACAGGAGCGCUGACUGGCUCCUUUGCAGAAAUGGAGGCUGGAGGAGGAGGAGAGGGGAGUCUGGAUAUGCAGGGAGCAGCAGCAACAGCACCAGGCUUUUCUGGACAAAGACAGACCUCUGCAAAGCCCGUUUGGGCUUCACUAGAGGAAGCAGCCCAAAUGAAAACAGAAGGAAACGCUUUCUACAGGGAGAAGAACAUUCGCUCUGCCAUUGGGCGCUAUCACCGUGCUCUGCUGGUCCUCAGAGGCCUCGAUUCUGAUGUGAUGACGUCAGUCAAAGGAUUUGGACCUGAGACACCUGUCCUCACACCUGAACAGGAGGCUAUGCUGAGAAACACACAAGGGGACUGCUACAACAACUUAGCUGCCUGUUUGCUGCAGAAACAGAGCGUUGACUAUGCUCGUGUGCGAGAGUACAGCCUGCGGGUACUGCAGUGGCGACCAGGUGAUGUCAAAGCACUGUACAGGGCAGGAGUAGCCACUCUAGAGAUGGGAGAUGCGCAGACAGCCAAACAGUAUCUCACCCAGGCCUGCAGUGAGCAGCCUAAUGAUGCCAAUGUGAGAAAGCACCUGCAGAGAGCUGAGGAAAAACUGAAUCGGGAGUUACAAAAAGAGAAAGCCAUGUACCGAGGCAUGUUUUCCUCCAGCGUGAAGAGCAGCUCCACAGAAGGGGAUUAACCAAACCAACAGAGCUGGAGAUGGAGUUUAGCUCAGCCAGCUCAACCUGCCAAAUAAAGCCUCAACCUGA